UCGUCCUGGAGACCCUCUGUUACCUAUGUUUAUGGUUCAUAGAGCAGCAGGAAGCCGAAGGUGUAGCUGUGCAGUUCCGCCCUCUGCUGCCACUGCCACUGGGAAAGACUUCUUUGCCACUGCCGGGUCCGGCCCAGUCGGGCCAGGUCCUGCCCGGUCCUGCCCGGUCCUGCCCGGUCCGGCCGGGUCCGCAGUGAGCGGUCCUUCGCUAUGGACAAUGUAUCAGCCACUGUAGCCGGGGUCUUCGUGUCCCCGGGCACCCCCGAGCUGCUGAAGCCCCUGUCGAAGCUGUACUCGGCCUUUGUCGACCUGCUACUGAAGCUGGUUGCAGUGUUACCUGAGAAUCUCCAGCCCGGGCCUGGAGACUUUUAUGGGCUCCCCUGGGAGCCUGUAUUGCUCACUACCUGUGUUGGAAUCCUUAUGCUUGCGAUUUUCUUGUGGAGGAAUGUUUUUCCAGUGAGUGAAUUAACUUGUUCUUUGACUUCUGAAUAUAUUGAGGAUUCUAUUAUCAUUGGCUCUUUCAGUUAUUAACAUAAACAAAUCAGUGGUUAUAAUUCAAGUUAGUUUUCUGAAAUAAUUUAAUCUUGGUACUGGCAAACACUUAAGAGCAAGCUAACCAUAUCCACUUGUUAGUAGAGUUGGUGACUCGUACAGCCA